AUGGCUGACUCGCCGUGUCCACCAAUGGAAGAUACAUACCACCCUGAGCCAGAUGUUGAAUAUCUCGAGAACUAUGUGCCAGGUGGAUACCACCCAACUCUCAUCGGAGACACCUUUUGUAGUUCAUUCAGAAGCUUGGGUUUGGUGGAUAUUCAACAAUUUAACAAUUUGGUUCGCCGGGAUCAGCAGCGCCAGCGCUACGUAUCGCCAAAGAUACUGACUGCGAGAGAAUGGCCAGUUAGUUACGAGGGAAAAGUCCUUCAAUACCUGAUGAAGAACGACCUUACCCAUGCUGGAAAGCAAUUCAUUCCGCCGCUGUUGGACCAAUUCUCGUUUCAUGGUCCAAACGGACAUCAUCAGUGCUUGGUCGGAGAGCCUGCUGGCGUUAGUAUUGCUAAGUCCAAGAAGGACAGCGAAAACUUUAUGUUUCCAGCGGACGCUGCUAGAUCUACUGCCGCCCAGAUCCUCUUAGGGUUGUCCUAUCUGCACGCAAACGGCAUAUGCCACGGAGAUCUCCAUUUGCGCAACUUUCUCUUACGCAUUCCGAAUUUCGAUGGCCUAAGCACAGCUGAGUUAUACAAGCGCUUUGGCAAGCCAUGCGAGGUUCCUAUCCGGCGACUUGAUGGGAAGACUGGUGAACCCCACGCACCACCGCAUACCAUCUUUCCCAUGGCUUUGAACAUGCCUGCCAACGAGUUGGAUAGGUCCGAAAUCAUCAUCUCAGACUACGGCACAUCCUUUUUUGUGUCACAUGUGCCCUCACCGACUCUCUACACCCCAGCCCUAUACUCUCCACCAAAAGACUUUUUCGAUGGACCCAUCAAUCAACCUACCGCAGCUGAUAUAUGGACCCUAGGUGUCAACUUGUACGAGGUCUUGGGCGAGCGUCCAGUCUUCGAAACAUUUUCCUGGGAUCGAGAUGACAUUGUCGGCGAGAUGAUCAACACACUGGGACGACCGCCCGUGAGAUGGUGGAACUCUUGGGUUAACCGCCCCGAAUUCUUCAAGGAGGAUGGGUCAUGGGUCGCUGACUUCAGCCGUAUCAGCACUCCUGUCUUCCGGCGUCUGCACCAGCGCCUCUGGAACAUAGGCCGCAGCGAGGCGGAGAAGACGUGCGAAUGGGACGUCGCAGGUGGUGAACUACGUGCGUUGGAGGACUUCCUCAGAGCUAUGAUGACGUUUGAACCUGUAGAACGACCCACGCCGGACCCACUCCUCAGAUCUGAAUAUAUGGUGAGGUGGGCGUUGGCCGCGUGGGAAAGGCAGAAAAGACAGAAAAGCGCGCACCAUGCGAAUGACGGUAUCAGGGUAUCUGCGAGCUGA